UCACAUUGAGGCUUCCUCUGUGUCUCUUUAUCUUUUUUCUAUCUCUGUGAAUGUGGGCAAAAUGGCAGAGGCCAGUAUUUCAGUAGAUCAGGAUCAGUUCAUCUGUCCAGUGUGUCUGGAUCUCCUGAAGGAUCCGGUGACUGUCCCAUGUGGUCACAGUUUCUGUAAGGUGUGUAUUAAUCAACACUGGGAUCAGGAGGAACAGAAGGGUGUCUACAGCUGUCCUCAGUGCAGAGACACUUUCACUCCAAGGCCUGUUCUACGCAGAAACAACAUGCUGGCUGAAGUGGUGGAGAAACUGAAGAAGAAGACUGAAGUCCAAGCUGCUUCUCCUGACCACUGUUACGCCGGACCUGGAGAUGUGGAGUGUGAUUUCUGCACUGUGAGAAAACACAAAGCCGUCAAGUCCUGUCUGGUGUGUGUGGCUUCUUUUUGUGAAAUUCAUCUGAAACCUCAUCUAGACGUUCCUGCUUUGAAAAAACACACAUUAACUGAAGCCUCAGCAAAGCUACAAGAGAAGAUCUGUUCUAAACAUGAUGAAGUACUGAAGAUCUACUGCAGAACGGAUCAAAUAUCCAUUUGCUCUUUGUGCAUGUUGGAUAAACAUAAAGGCCAUGACGCUGUAUCAGUUACAGCAGGAAGAGCUGAGAAACAGAGUGAGUUAAAGAAGCAGCAGAUGAAAUCCCAGCAGAGAAUCCAGGAGAAGCAGAAGAAGGUGCAGGAGCUGAAACAGGCUGUGAACACUAUAAAGCUCAGUGCACAGACAGCAGUGGAGGACAGUGAGAAGAUCUUUACUGAGAUGAUCAGCUCCAUGGAGAAAAUGCGCUCGGAGGUGAAGGAGAUGAUCAGAGCUCAGGAGGAGGCUGAACUGAGUCGACCUGAACGACUCCUGGAGGAACUGGAGCAGGAGAUCACUGAUCUUCAGAGGAGAGUCACUGAGCUGGAGCAGCUUUCACACACACAUGAUCACAUCCAUUUUCUCCAGAGUUUCCAGUCUCUCUGUGUCUCUGCUGGACGUCAGUCUCCUCCAGGGGAAAGACAAGAUUUUUACACAUCCAACAUCACUGUCCAUCAACAUCACUUAUCACAUGGAAUGAGGAAAUAUUUCUCAGAUCUAAAGAAGAAACUUGAGGAAUUCUGUGAGGAGGAAUUCAACAAAAUCCCUGCACAAGUUCAGUCUUUUCUCUCAGAGCCACAGAGCAGACAUGAGUUUCUGAAAUAUUCCUGUUAUCUGACUCUGGAUCCCAACACGGCACAUCAUAAACUCAUUCUGUCUGAGAAGAACAGAGCAGUGAGAUACAGUGAGCGAGAGCAGCAGAACUCUGAUCAUCCAGAGAGAUUUGACUCCUGGCCUCAGUUGUUGUGUGAGCAGAGUGUGUGUGGACGCUGUUACUGGGAGAUGGAGUGGAGGGGUGUGGGUGUGGAUAUUUCAGUUUCAUAUAAAGACAUCAGAAGGAAAGGACGGGGUGAUGAGUGUGAAUUUGGAUGCAACAAUCAGUCCUGGAGUCUGUGGUGUUCUUCUUCUCUCUGUUUCUUUCACAACAACAUUAAGACUGAUCUCAGGGUUCCAUCACCAUCCAAAAUAGGAGUGUAUGUGGAUCACAGUGCAGGAACUCUGUCCUUCUACAGCGUCUCUGACACCAUGAAGCUCCUCCACAGAGUCCAAACCACAUUCACUCAGCCUCUAUUUGCUGGAUUCGGGUUUUCCUUGCAUUACGAAUCUAGUGUAAAAUUGUGUGAUCCAGAAUAAAGUGUGUAGUGUUUGAUGUAAAAUUCCUGCACUUCGCCACAUUGUUGCUCAAACAUCUGUCUUAACAGUACACAAUCCAGCUGCACAAAAAACAAUCUAAUAUUUUAAUCAUCAGCAAUGUUAUAAUAAUUUAAAAUGAAAUGUAAAACAAUGAAUCAAGAAACAAAUGAAAUGUAAAAAGUAAUCAAAUGAUAUCUCAAGACUUACAAUUGUAAAUCUGUUUGUUUCAUAUUAAGCAGAAUCUUAUUAAAUAACUAAUAAACUGUAAUACAUCCAGAACAGAACAAUAUUUCACUGUAAAAAAGCCUACUUACUAAAAGUUAUCUAAAUAAAAUUAAAAAAGUAAACUGAACUCAAAUAUUUUUAUUUGAAAUGCUCAGAAAUAAUACUUAGUUUAUUCAACAAAUGUGUUGCUUCAAUGUUGAAAACUGUACAAUACUAAAAAUGUUUUGUUGAACUUACAUUAAAAUGUAAAUGUUUUGCAUUAAAGCGUGCGUUUCUUGUUGGCGCGUGCACAUUAUUAACGCGGAGCGCAUGGCAAUUUGAGACUUCAACUGCGGGGGUUCCUGAAAGGGCGGCAUCGCGCCAUAUUAAUCCACUUGUUUCUGCUGAGUCACAGUGUAUUGUUGUUGUGAAGAAGCGUGCCGGUUCAAAGCAGCCGAAUCAUAUAUCUGCAUGGAGUUUUUCAGGAUCUGUAACAUAGACCUCCUAAAAAAGUUCAGUAAAUCACAUGAUAAAUAUACAGCACCUCUCCUGAAACUCUACAGAAAAAAGGAUAGAUUCAUUGGGUCCAGAAAUGAAGACACUUUUGGACAAGCUGGAUGAGCAGGUACUUUUUAAGAUUCUUGAAUGUACAUAUAAAAUACCGAAGUACCAACAGAUGCCUGAAUAGGGUCAUUAAAGCUAGUGUUCAUAGUCUAGGUUUUAUGGGAAUCCAAUUGAACUGGUUAAUUUUAGGAAUCUUCUUCUUUUUCUUUCGGCUGCUCCCAUUAAGGGGCGCCAAAGCGGAUCAUCCGUCUCCAUAACACCCUGUCCUCUACAUCUGCCUCUUUCACACCAACUACCUGCAUGUCUUCCCUCACCUCAGGAAUACUGAAGUUUUGAGGGUUUUUUUGUUUUUAUCUGGCUGUACUGGUACAAGCUAACUAUUUUUUCUCAUACACUGUUACAUAUCAUACUGUACUUUACCAAGUGUUUAGGUUUAUUCAGAUGCAGUUUUAAUGUAUUCUUAAUGUUGAUUUGCCAAAAUAAUACAAAAUGCUAUAUAUACGCUUGAAUUUUGAACCUUUGAGGUUUACUCCGAUGCUUUUAUUAAUGUCUGUUUUGUAUUUUUAUGUACUUUGGUAAUCAGUUGAAUAAGAAUAUGUUAUACACUGUAUGACUGAAAUGUGAUUAGAGGUUUUGCUCAGAUGCUUUUACUUUUUUCUGUUUUGGGAUGAAUGUUCUGGGACAGCUGCUCUGACAGUUGCUCAGGUUUAUAUUAUGUUCUAUUAAAUAUCAUUUUAAUAUGUUGCAGGUUGAAUGAGCUUCUGCUUUGUGAAUUUGUUCAUUGAUUGUCCUUUCAGUGGGCAGGGAGAGAUGUUUAAACUUUUGGGGCUAGGUGGUAUGGUGCCAUGAGUCACGGUUACGGACGUGCUCCUGUCCUUCCAUGUGUAUUGUUUAAAUAGAUAAAACAAAACAAAUGGCGUCCUAACGUGGGUGUGUCAAUUCAAUUUAUAUUUUAAAGUUAUACCUGCUUUUGUUGUUAGUCUGGGGAAGCUGCUGUUUUGUACUGUUUUUGUUUUGUUGGCUGUUUGUGUUUGUUAAUGUGAGAUUUCUUGGGUUUUUGUUAGUUUGUUUUACUAAUUGUGAAGUGACUGGUUACAGGGGCCAUCAUAAUAAUUCUCAGUCUGAUGUACAAGUCAAUUCAACUGUAUUUGUUACAGCAACUGAAUGCAAAGGCAGGGGUGGACUCCAAGUGUCAGUCUUUCCUUCAAGCAUGUUGUGUUAUGAGUGCUGGAAAAUGCAUGAGUAUGUGAUUGUUUAUACAUACUAAGGAGGCUUUGUUAAGGAGGCCUUGUUAAACCCCUGAUUCUCUGCUGCCAUGCUUUAGCAUCCUUUAUCCUGAACUGCAAAUGUUCUUUACUGCUCACGUUGCCAUUAUGUAUUUUGUUAAUUUGUGUAGUGAAUUUUUAUGCAGUUUUUUUUUACCUCUUUUAUAUCCACGACUCUUGCCAACUUACUGUUCAAAAUUCCAGGGUGGUGUAGAUGAAGGAUUUCUAUUCCGGAGCUUUCUUGCCACAGUUUGGAAAAUCUGUCAACUUUUACUUUUUUACUCUCUGGUAAUUUUUUAAAUCUCCUAUCAUUUUGUAGCUUUCUUUAUCUUAUAUCUCUCGGAUCAUCGCCUCUCUCUUUUUUAAUUAUUUUUUGUCUCUCCUGUCAGAGACGCUGUAGAAGGACAAAGUUCCUGCACUGUGAUCCACAUACACUCCUAUUUUCAAUGGAGACGGAACUCUCUCCUUUUUGACUCUCCUGUCCACUAUUGUUUUCUUAUACACUCUGUCAUUCUUUUCCCUGGUGUCUCACUAUCGUUGUCCUUUCUUGUAUCAAUAUGUGAAUCUCUUCAAUAUGUUCAAGUUUCGCUUUCUGUCUAUCAUCUAAUAGCCAUGUCUCUCCUUCCAACACUAAUCCUGUGUUUGUGUCUCCCUCUUUUAUUCUCUCUCUAUCUGUCUUUGUGUCGCUCCUAUUAUCUAACAUUCUGCCCCACUUUGUGCUCACUGAGAAAGAAAAUGUAUAAUUUCGUAUAAAAUGUAUAAAAAAAAUUAACUGUAAUUCUUGCAGAUAUUUUUGCUUUAUCGUGUUUAUGAACACUGUAACAUCUUACCUAUAAACCACCAGAGGGCGCCAUUUCCAACAUUCUGAAUCUCUUUUUCCUUUAUUACAUUAAUUUCCUGUUUGUUCUCAUAAAACGCACAUGGAGCACUCAGUAUUUGUGAACUCUUCCAGUUUGGUAGAAAUAUCCUAAGAGCUGAGCUGUGUUUUUUCUGGAUUGAUCACUUGGGUAUUUUAAUCAGAUCUCUGUUUUACUGUGUUUUAAACCUUUGUGUCAGUGUGGGUUUCCUCCUGGUUCUGUUCUCUUAUGUCUCAAAGGCAGGAGGAUUGACUUGGACAAAGUGGAUUAAUUUCCAUCAUGAAGUGUUGAGGCACUUGUUAAGUGUUAAGUGGAGAUUCUAUGAGCAGUGAAUGAUGCAGUGGCAAAAGUAAACAGAUUUUAGCAGAACAAAUGAGACUGAAGCACAGAAUCCAGUGAAAUCUUUCUGCUUUAUUUAUUUUCUCUCUGGAGAACAACUUGUCACUUACAGUGUUUUAUGUUCUAUUCAGAUUUACAGAAAUGUAUGUGUCUCUGUUCCCAUUUCAUAAAUUCAUUAUCAUAAUUUCAUAAUAAGUUCAUAACUCGGCUGCAAUAAAACCUUUUAACUUUCA